AUGGCUAAAUUUUUUGACAAGGUUAUGGACUUGAGUCCUGCGAAAACUACGUGGAAAAUUAAGGUCAAGAUAAUUCGUCUAUGGAGACAAUACUCCACAUGCGAUAUUGACAGUAUUGAGAUGGGGGAUACGAUUCAUGCAACUGUUAAUGAGGAUGUGGUUCCGAUCUUUGAAUCUUUCCUCGAAGAAGACGGAACUCUCAGCCCUGAAUACUUGAUCGAUAUUGUGAGUCAGAUAGUAGAGUCUAAACCACUUUCCAUGGUGUCAAUGAUGUCAGAGGAAGAAGACUACUUCGUGAAAACGCCACAGAAAACAAUAUCUGAUAUUUUGGAGACGAGAAAGGUUGAGAGGUGUUACGUGAGGUGCACUAUAGCUGCAAUUGAUAAUGAUAUGGGUUGGUACUAUAUUAGUUGCAAAGUGUGUGGUACAAAAGUAGAUAUGUUGCAUAAUAACGUUCACCCCGGAGGAACCUAUGAACUGGAUGUUCGUUGUAUGCUCUACUGUACUAAGUGCAAAAUGCUUAAUCCUAAGCUCAAGCUAAGGAUUCCAAGCAUCGAUUUCUGA